GCCAGGGCGCGGCGUCGUACGGCAUCACCGCGCGCCGGCCGUCGCGCAGGUCCCUGCCGGCCGGAGCGCCCCAGCCGCCGCGGUCCUCGCUGCCCUCGGCCGGACCUCCUCAGCAGACGCGCUCCGUAGGCCUGGAGCUCGGGGGACCACGAACAUGAACGAGGUGAAGGAAUGCCUGCGCAGCAUCGAGCAGAAGGACAAGCUCUUUCAGCAGCAGCAGUUCACGUUCAUUGCCGCCCUGGAGCGCUGCCGGGAGAGCGCCCACGACAAGAUCCGGCCUAUUUCCAGCAUCGGACAGGUGCAGAGCUACAUGGAGCACUACUGCAACAACUCCACGGACCGGCGGAUCCUGCUCAUGUUCCUGGACAUCUGCUCGGAGCUGAACAAGCUGUGCCAACGCUUUGAGGCCCUGCACUCCGGCACCCCCGUCACCAACAACCUCCUGGAGAAAUGCAAAACCCUCGUCAGCCACAGCAACGACCUGAGCAGCCUCAGGGCCAAGUACCCACACGACGUGGUGAACCACCUGAGCUGUGACGAGGCCAGGAACCACUACGGGGGCGUGGUCAGCCUCAUUCCCAUCGUGCUGGACUUGAUGAAAGAAUGGAUCGCUCACUCGGAGAAGCUGCCCCGGAAAGUGCUGCAGCACGUGAGUGAGCUGCCAGCGCAGCGACAGGCCACCGCAGGGGCAGCCCGUCCCGUGCGAGCCGCGGGCCCCCAGCUGUGGCUCACAAAACACAAGUGUCAACUGGCGAAAGACGGCCCCACAGCCAGGGGGGAAGGCAGGAAAUUUUCCAAACCUCCCUGGCGGCCACCCGGUGGGAAGCUGUAAGCAAGCCGGGGUGGGGGCGUGCUGUGC